AAAUGAGAAAAUGUUGAAUUCCAAUAGGUAUGUAUACAGAUGUAUAUUUACAAAUAUCUUUCAUUGGCUACAAAGGUAAAAGAACCCCGGUUCUAUGAUCGUGCCGUAAACAAGCCGUUUGACAAAGUUUUUGUUGAUGGAACCGAGGUCCGUGUGAUAUUGACCUUUUGUGAGCUCCACAAUUGUUCAGUACAGGUAGACACGUCCAACGAUGAUUGGGGAGAAGUUAAUGGAAAUGGCACAGGCACCGGUCUUCUCGGUAUGGUGGUAUCUCGACGCAAUGAUUAUUGCAUGGGUGGUAUGCCUUUGUAUCACGAGGCAUACCAAAGUAUAGACUUCACAACCUUUUUUAGUCGUUCAGGCAUCACAUGUCUGGUGCCAGCGCCGCGGCUACUCAUCAACUGGGACCAGCCUUUGCGUCCAUUUCAAGCUACACUUUGGAUUUGUGUAUUGUUUUGUUUGCUGUUGGAAUGUGUUGCUUUGUGUGUGAUGCGUCGCUUGGAGAAUAUGGAAGCUUCGCUAGGAAUACGCGGAGGCAGCAACAGUUGGAGGCAAAGCAUGCGGUUUGGCUAUGUCAGCGCUCUAAAGCUGUUUGUCAACCAGAGCACUUCAUACGUGACCAGUUCCUAUUCUCUGCGCACAGUUCUGCUGGCCAGCUACAUGAUUGACAUCAUCUUGACGACCGGUUAUAGCGGUGGGCUCGCAGUCAUACUCACCCUACCUGCCAUGGAGGAAGCGGCUGAUUCCCGUCGCCGUCUGUUUGAGCACAAGCUCACAUGGGUGGGCACAACUCCACUUUGGAUCUCAGCCAUCGAUAGUAAUGAUGCAGAUCCCGAAUUAUUGGGAAUUAUACAGCACUUUCGUGUAAUGGACGCUGCCCAUAUCGAUGCUUAUUCGCGUACUGAACAAAUGGCCUUCGUGGUAGAACGACUGCAAUUCGGCCACCUGGCUAAUGCAGAAAUUAUUCCGGAUGAGGCUUUGUCGCGACUCAAGCUGAUGGUAGACGACAUUUAUUUUUCGUACACAGCAACAAUUGUGCCACGUCUUUGGGCGCAUUUAGAGGCUUACAAUGGUUUCAUACUGGCAUGGCAUUCAUCUGGUCUCGACAAAUUCUGGGAAUGGAAAAUUGCUGCAAAUUAUAUGAACAACAAUCGUCAGAAUCGCAUUUUGGCAUCGCAAAAGUUGAAUUUGAAUAUUGGAGGGCCCAUCAAAUUGGGAAUUGAUAAUAUUAUUGGUUUGAUAAUGCUGUGGUGCUUUGGUAUGGCAUGCAGUCUGCUGGUUUUCCUAUUUGAAUUAUGUUCGGAUUUCUUUGGUCACAAGUUGUCCACCAUGGUGCCAACGCAGAGCUACUGGACCUCAGUUUUAAAUUUUCUUAUGCAACGUUACUUUGCUGACUCGCUUACGACUUGCAUUUUAUGGAAUUCCAAGUUCGAGCUUCAGCUGGAUUCAGCGACGUCCACAUUGCUGCCCGUCCUGGUCAUUGAACCACAAGCCCUCACUUUCCACGCCGACAUUUAUGACUAUGAGACGAAGCGGGCUGAAUUCGAUAGUCGUUAUAUAUCCUAUAACGAUUGGAUACUGAAGCUGACCGUUGCCAUUGAACAGGCACACUGUGAGGCCUUCAUCGCAUUUCAAGACCAUAUACCUGAGUUUGCCAAGUAUUUUUAUAAUGCCAGCAUUUUUUCGGCUUGGCGCUCAACUCGUAAUCGAUUUAUUUUCGCCUACACAGAUGAACUUUUGGGAGGCGUUGAUCCAAACAGCUAUUUCGGUGGCUAUAUAUUUCAUGACCAGGCGAACAUACUUAUAGUACAUGCGCAGUUUUUGAAUGCGAGCGUUUUUGGUAUCAAGACAAAUCGCUUUGUAGGGGCUCGUAAUUUCGAUGAUAUGCCAGAACCACCAACUUUCUAUGAACUUCAACGUUUUGAUGCCGUGCGCCAUCAAAUUUUGUCUGGUGAUAACGAAGAUGCCUUAUUCUUGGUUAAUCAAAAUAAAUUGGCCAAUCUGCAAGGGCGUGAGGUGGUCAUAGGGGUUUUUGACUAUAAGCCAUUCAUGUUGUUAAACUAUGAUAAUAAACCCCGGUUAUUUGACCGUGCCAUUAAAAAGCCGUUUGACGAAGUUUUUGUUGAUGGAACCGACUUCCGUUUGAUGUUGAAUUUCUGCGAGCUCCAUAAUUGUUCGAUGCAGGUGGACACGACUGAUGGGGACUGGGGAGAUGUUUAUGGAAAUGCUACGGGCUACGGCCUCGUCGGCAUGGUGCUGUCUCGUCGGAAUGAUUAUGCCAUAGGUGGUAUGCCUUUGUGGUACGAAGCCUACCAAAGCAUGGACAUCACUCACUUUCUAGGUCGUUCAGGCGUCACAUGUUUGGUGCCUGCGCCGCGGAGACUCAUCAACUGGGAUCUGCCUAUGCGUCCAUUUCAAGCUUCACUUUGGGUUUGUGUUCUAUUUUGUUUGCUGUUGGAAUGUGUUGCCUUGUGUCUGACGCGCCGUUUGGAGUACCUGGAAGCACCUGCAACCGCUUACAGUUGGAGGCAAAGCGUGCAAUUCAGCUAUGUUAGUGCUCUAAAACUGUUUGUUAACCAGAGCACUUCAUACGUGACCAGUUCCUAUUCUCUGCGCACAGUUCUGCUGGCCAGCUACAUGAUUGACAUCAUCCUGACGACAGUUUAUAGCGGUGGGCUCGCAUCCAUACUCACACUGCCUGCUAUGGAGGAAGCGGCUGAUUCCCGUCGACGUCUGUUUGAACACAAACUUACAUGGGCUGGCACUUCCCAAGUUUGGAUCUCCACCAUCGAUAUUAAUGGGGCAGAUCCCGAAUUAUUGGGACUUAUGCAGCAUUAUCGUGUUCUGGACGCUGCCCAUAUCGAUGCUUAUUCGCGUACUGAGCAAAUGGCCUUUGUGGUAGAACGAUUGCAGUUCGGUCAUCUGGGUAACGCGGAGCUUAUUCCGGAUCAGGCUUUAUCACGGCUCAAGCUGAUGGUAGACGACAUUUAUUUUUCCUACACAGUGGCGAUUGUGCCACGUCUUUGGGCGCAUUUAGAGGCUUACAAUGAUUUCAUACUGGCAUGGCAUUCAUCGGGUCUCGACAAAUUCUGGGAAUGGAAAAUUGCUGCAGAUUAUAUGAACAACAAUCGUCAGAAUCGCAUUGUGGCAUCGCAAAAAUUAAAUGUGGAUGUUAAAGGACCAAUCAAAUUAGGCAUUGAUAAUUUUAUUGGUUUGAUAAUGCUAUGGUGCUUCGGUAUGACAUGGAGCCUGCUGGUGUUCGUAUGGAAUAUAAGGUGUCUCUGGCUAGUUGCACAGCGGAGCCUGCGAUCGUGGUGUUUGAUGUUUCCAAAGUGAGAAAAAUAACGACAU